GUGGGCUUUUGAAUCAAAUUUAGGGUUUAGUAAGUUUAGUUCUUUAAAAACCCUAGCCUCCUCUCUCAGUCUCUCCCUCGUCGUUUGCUCCUUCGCCUCCUCUGAUUUACUAAGUUGUUUGAAGAAGCACUUGACACGUACUAGCCAACAUGCAGAACGAAGAGGGAGUUAUUACUGAGCUUUACAUUCCUAGGAAAUGCUCGGCCACCAACAGGCUGAUUACCGCUAAGGACCACGCCUCCGUUCAGAUCAAUGUAGGCCAUUUGGAUGAGAAUGGUGUGUACAACGGCCAUUUCUCCACCUUUGCUCUCUGCGGUUUUGUCCGUGCUCAGGGAGAUGCAGACAGUGGGCUGGACCGUCUCUGGCAAAAGAAGAAAGCCGAAGCCCGACAACAGUAGAACAAGAGACAGUAGAUCAAAAAGGGGGAGACUCAAGUUUGCUUUUGUUUGUGAAAUUUUGCUUAGAGAAAAAGACAAUGUUGUCUGUUGAUGUUGAGUACUUUUAAUCAUUUAUUCAAAAUAUUACAACUAGCUUUAGCUCUUCCAUGUGUUGCUGUUUUAAUGUGAUUGUUCAACAAUUAAAAUAUUUAUGCUAAUGUGUCAAAUUUCUUUCUACA